AUGUCUCCUACUUUCAUUUUCCUCAACUUUCCGAUGGCUUUUCUGCUACAAGCCGUCUUGGCUUACCCGUCCCCGGCGCCAGUUUUCGAGCGUCAAAGCACUGUAGUCCCAGACUACGUUUCAACAUAUGCACCUGUGGUAUGGCUCUACCCUGGCGAGAAUUACUUUCCAUCCGACAUUGGAGCUCAACUGGUCCACACGAAGCCAGAGAUCAAUUUCACUGUCGUCGAAGGCUAUGAGAAUCCGUUGACGCUCAACAACCUCGACUCUCUAAACAGUUACGGUACUGGUGGUACGGACGUCUACCUCACGUCUGUCGAUGACAUCACCACGAAUCCCGCCUGGCUAAAUGGCGUCAAGCCUGACAGCACGGGGAAGACAGACGGAGCUACUAGCGUUGCAAUAAUUGUCAAUGACCAUGGCGACGGUCUUGUCGACGCCUUCUACAUGUACUUCUAUGCCUUCAAUUGGGGAGGGGUCCUGUUGGACAUUCAAGAGGUUGAUCUUCACGUUGGAGAUUGGGAACACAAUAUGGUCCGCUUCCAGAAUGGAACGCCCACACAAGUCUGGUACAGUCAACAUGGUUUCGGCGAAGCUUUCACCUACGACUGCCUAGAGAAACAAGGCGUACGGCCAGUCACAUACUCUGGUAACGGCUCGCAUGCGAACUAUGCUAUCAACGGGACACACGAUCACACCAUCCCAAACGUGAAUCUUCCCGAUGCGGGCAUCCUCACAGACUAUACUGACAAAGGAACUCUUUGGGACCCCUUACUGGGCGCCUACUUCUACAGCUACGAUGCAAGUGCCAAAACAUACACGGCGUAUGAUUCUUCGUAUCCCACAGCCUUUCUGCAGUACCUCGGUACGUGGGGCGACGAACAGUAUCCCAACUCAGAUCCCAGACAACACGAGAUCUUGGGCAUCUCUGCAACUGCAGAGUUCACCAGUGGUCCGACGGGCCCAGAAGAUAAACAGCUAAACCGAACCGAAGUGUGUCCAGCGGCCAGCGGUUAUGUGUGUGAUGUUCGUACAGAGCUCACUUCAUGA